GCAAAACAAUGGCUGAAUCAAAGAGACUUGAGAGGCUUAAAGCAAUGAGAAGUUUAUUGAAGAGUGAGAUGGAGAAAUCUGAAACCUUUUCAUUGGUUCUUAACAAGACUGGAUCCAAGAUUGAAGAGAUCAACCAUAAGUUGUCGUCUUUAGAAGCUGAUCUUAAAGUUGAGAGAUGGAAGGCUUCUCCUUUCUCUGAUCAUAUCCGUCACACCAUUGCUCCAAUAUCCGCUGUCCUGAGAGUCUUUGCUACGGUUCAAGAGCUUGAGAGAUCUCUCGUGUCCUCUGAUGGAGUCCUUGGUUAUGUUUCGGAUGUUAAACGUCUUGGAGAAGCGAUGAAGCUUCUCUCCAGUAGCUGUGUUCUUGCUCUUAACUGGCUAGAAGAUACGAUCGAGUACCUAACCGAAAAGGGAAUGCCUGAAGAUCAUCCUUGCGGUUUGCGGUUCAAGACUUCCAUAGAGCUUCUCCGGGAAUUGCAAAUGACCGAGUCUCGUGCUUAUCUCAAAGGAGGUAUUCUUUACACAGCGCUGAAGAAUCUUGAAACAGAAUUCAAGCGGAUUCUCCAAGAGAAGCCGGUUUUCUCAGAAGACAACUUGAGAAAGUUGCAGGCUAUCAUCAAGAGAUUACAUGCUCACACGCGGUUAACAAGCUGCGUACCAGUUUACAUCAAAGUCCGCACCAAGGUCAUUCAGAAACGGUUUGAGAUUAGUUAUCUGGAGAAAACAAUCACAGAAGCUGAUAAUGUACAUGAUAUUGAAGGCGAUAUAGAUCAAUGGAGAUUGCAUAUGGAGAUAGCUGUGAAAGAGAUAUACGAGUUUGAGAGUAAGCUCUGCUAUGACGUAUUUGAAGAUAUUGGAGAAGAUGUUCCCUUGCGUUGCUUUGGAGAAAUAGCUUCAAAUUCAGUGAUCCUUCAGCUUCUCAGAUUUGGAUCAAGAAUCAGCAAAUGCAAGAGAGAGCCACCAAAGCUGAUCAAGCUCUUAGAUUGUUUCUCUACAAUGGACAACUUUCGGAUAGAGUUUAACAGGCUAUUUCGAGGGGAACAAUGUUCAGAGAUACGCAGAGUUACACGGGAGCUAAUCAGCAAUCUCGUUAAGGGUGUCUCCGAGAUCUUCUGGGAGUUACCUUGUCAGGUAGAGCUACAGAGACCAAAUUGCCCACCUCUUGAUGGAGGUGUCCCAAAGCUUGUAAGCGUUGUGACUGAGUACUGCAACAAGCUACUGGGGAACAACAACAAGCCAAUCUUGUCGAAGGUCCUAGAAAUUGAUUUGGGAUGGAAGAACGCAAAGUAUCAAGAAGAGCUUCUCACAGGUCACAUCUACAACAUACUGAGAGAGAUUGCUUUGAACUUGGACGCAUGGUCAAGUUCCAACAAAGAAACCGCUCUUUCUUGCAUCUUUAUGAUGAACAAUCACUCCCAUUUCUGCGGCUUGAGAGAGACUUAUCUCGGGGAAAUGAUGGGAGAGUCUUGGUUAAACGCACACGAGCAGUACAGAGACUAUUACGCUGCACUUUAUGUCAAAGAAAGCUGGGGACAUCUCUUGUCUCUACUCACAAACAAAGCUCAAACCACUUCAUCAUCAUCAUCAUCAUCAUCAGAAUCAUCUCCUGUGAAAGGAAAACGAGCCCGUGAGUCCAUUAAGCGAACAUUACAAGCGUUUUGUAAAGGAUUUGAUGAGAUAUACACAAAGCAAUCAAAUUGGGUUGUUGAGGAUGACAAGUUGGUAUGGAAGAUAUGUCAAGCAAUGGUGAAAACAGUUGUGCCAAGAUACAAGAGUUACCUACAAAGCUACAUAAAGCUUCUAGUAGAAGAAGAUCCUACGAGUGAUAGUAAGCAUUUAUAUUAUACUCCAAAGGGUUUAGAGAUGAAGCUGAAGACAAUGUUUCAGAAGAAAGAAGAAACAGAGAAGAGAGACAAAGAUUCUCACUUUGUGAACAAAGUGAUGGAUUUGGAGAUUACUCAGAAUUCUCGCUCGACAUUAGAAGCUAUAUGAUAAUACUUAGACAAGAUCACGAAACUAGACACUCGUUUCUUAGUGAAGCUUAGCCUAACAUAGAGAGGUGUGAAUUGUAUAAAAUUGGUUGUUGUAAUGAA